AUGCUUCCGUCGUUCAUGGUCAAGUUGUUUUGGAAAAGGAUGGACGAGGUGGCAGAGGGAGUAGGAGUGGGAGGGGGUGCCGAACACGAGGGAGGAGGCGAGGGGGCGCCACGCGUCGUGGUUGAGUACAGCUACGAGGAGGAGGAGGAGAUCGAGGAGGAUACGUCGAGGCAAGCUCAGCACGGGGUGAGCGGCCCGGGCAGCCAUGCGAACGAGCACGAGGGCUCGAGCUCGAGCGAUGAGUCGGUUGAGCACGACGGCGAGAACGCAGGAGAACAUCCAGGUGGGACGGAGCGUACGGAGGAGCACGGAGUGGCGCUCGGGGAGCAGGUGGACGUGCGGGUGAAGCAUAUCGAGCAGCAGGCAACAGGGGACGAUGGGGAUGUCGAGGAGCAGGAGGGCGCAGCGGCUGCGCAGGAGGGUGGGGCAGGAGUGUCGAAGCUAUUGGAAGGGGCGCGCACGAAGCUCGACGAGAUGAGCGGAAAAAUCAUCGAGGGGGUGGCAGCCGCUAUCACAAAAGCGAGCGAGGACGCCGUCGAGAAGCAGAUCAAGUUUGUCGAGGAGCGGCUGGUUGCUUCGGUCGUGAAGGGUAUUGAGAAAGCCGUCAAGGAGAACUUGUUCUACUCCACCCUCCCGCCCAAGAGCAUGAAGGAGCUGAAGGACGUUGUGAGAGAAGGCUACCAAGAACCUGAAGUCCUCACCGAAGCGAUGGCGAGAGGGUUUCGGGGCUCGGCAGGCCCGUCGACGAGGUCGCGUCAAGAGGAGGGGGUGGCGGGUGUCGCAACGGGGUUGAGCGUCGAGUUCAUGAGCGCUCGGUUCCUCCUUCUUCGGUGGGAGGACAUGUCGGCAGCCCGGUAG